UUUUCAUUUGGACACACAUUUAAUACUGCCCUGCAGUACACCUUUAAUACUUCACAGAUCUUAAUGGGAUUAUAUUCUCAUCAAAGGAUCAGAGGUGUAGACGUUUUGAUUUAACACGUUUGGCAUCACAUGAUAAGAGAAUACACAACAUGAAUUGUUCGGUGUACCCUAAUGGGAUUAUAGGAGUUAAAAAUAAUCACUGUUUUUCAUAAAUCUUUGCCAAUCUCCUAGGCUAGCAAAAACAUUCAAAGUUUAAAGCCAUAAUUAGUUUAUGCUUUUGGCAGUGAUGCAGUCAUUAACUGUAUAGAUAGACAGAUGAACUAACAGCUCUGUAGUGCAGAAGAGUUGUGCUCUACAAAGUACAGCAAAUCCUACAUAUGAAAAUCAGUGGGGGAAGUAAGGAGUUACAUUUACUCUGUUACGUUUACUUGAAAUGGUUUUUCAAAAUAAAAUACUUCUAGGAGUAGAUUUAUGAAGAAGAAACAGUACUCUUACACCGCUACAUUAGGCUAUACUGAGCUCGUUACUUUUAUCAGAUAUACUGGGUAAAGCUUUAGCUAUCCAGUAUCCAGUUCUCUAUUUGUCCAUGAUCCAGGGUCUCCACUUUAAUUUUGUCAGAAGUAAACUUCCGCCCAAGGCUCUAGCGCGUGACAGUGUUUAACCAAUAAAACGUAGCCCUAGCGGUGCGGUCUAGUAACGUGACCAUACUCAAUCUCAGCGGCGGGACGGGUUAGUUUAGCGGCUACUGCGGUCGAUGUUUACCGUCUUUGAUAGCAAGAAGUUGUAGAAUUAACGAUCGGCAAUGCAGACAAAGACGAGGAGGCACACCCCUGGACUCAUAUUGAAAUCAUGUUCAAUUUUUAAAAAAGUGCGGAACAGCAGUUACAUCAUGCGGUGACUUGUGUCUCCCAAUACAAACGGAUAUUUCAGCAUUCAUAAACUUAACGUCUAACCUGAGGAAAUAAUGGUUGUCUUGUAUUUGCAGGCUGUGGGAACCAAAGAGUGGAGGGAGUUUGGCCGAACCGAAGUAAUAGAUAACACCCGCAAUCCAGAUUUUGUCAGGAAGUUCGUCCUGGAUUUCUUCUUUGAGGAGAAACAAAAUCUGAGGUUUGAUGUGUACAACGUGGACUCCAGAAGCUGCAACAUUUCCAAACACAAGGACAAACACCAACGAUUCCCUCCUGGAAAGCUUCCACCAUUGUCUCGGUCAUCAUUUUGUCUUUCUCUGUUUAUCAGUCGUUCAGGACUUCCUAGGCCAGACCUUCUGCACCCUUGGAGAAAUCAUUGGCUCGACAGGAGGGCGAGUGGAGAGGACCCUCUCUGGGAUUCCCGGGAAGAAGUGUGGAGUCAUUAUCUUAACUGCCGAGGAGCUAAGUAACUGCAGGGAUAUUGCUACCAUGCAGUUGUGUGCCAACAAGUUGGACAAGAAGGACUUUUUUGGCAAGUCUGACCCCUUCCUUGUGUUUUACCGCAGCAAUGAGGAUGGAACGUUCACCAUCUGCCACAAGACGGAGGUGAUCAAGAACACGCUCAACCCGGUGUGGCAGCCCUUCACUAUUCCAGUUAGAGCCCUGUGCAACGGAGACUAUGACAGGACAGUGAAGAUUGACGUCUAUGACUGGGAUCGAGAUGGAAGUCAUGAUUUCAUCGGCGAGUUCACCACCAGCUACAGAGAACUGUCUCGGGGCCAGAACCAAUUCAACGUCUACGAGGUUUUAAAUCCCAAAAAGAAGGGAAAAAAGAAGAAAUACAUCAAUUCAGGGACAGUAACGCUGCUGUCCUUCAAAGUGGAGUCUGAGUACACCUUCGUGGAUUUCAUCCGAGGAGGAACCCAACUGAAUUUCACUGUGGCCAUAGACUUCACAGCAUCGAAUGGUAACCCGUCUCAGCCCACCUCGCUCCACUAUAUGAGCCCGUACCAGAUGAAUGCAUAUGCCAUGGCCCUGAAAGCGGUGGGUGAGAUUAUCCAGGACUACGACAGCGACAAGCUCUUCCCUGCCUAUGGCUUCGGAGCUAAGCUGCCCCCUGAUGGCAAAGUCUCCCAUGCCUUCCCCCUGAAUGGUGACAGUGAUAAUCCAAACUGUGUGGGAAUAGAAGGCGUCCUGGAGGCUUAUUUCCAAAGUCUGAGGACGGUGCAGCUCUAUGGUCCAACCAACUUUGCACCUGUUAUAAGCAAAGUUGCCAACUGUGCUGCAGAGAUUACAGAUGGCUCUCAGUACUUUGUCCUGUUGAUGAUCACAGAUGGAGUGAUAUCAGACAUGGUCCAGACCAAAGAGGCUGUGGUCAAUGCAGCAGGACUCCCUAUGUCCAUAAUCAUUGUUGGUGUUGGUCCUGCAGAGUUUGAUGCCAUGGAGGAGCUGGAUGGAGACGAGGUGAGAGUUUCCUCCAGAGGACGUCUCGCCGAGAGAGACAUUGUUCAGUUUGUUCCUUUCAGAGACUACAUUGACAGAUCUGGCAACCAGGUCCUCAGCAUGGCUCGGCUGGCUAAAGAUGUCCUCGCAGAGAUCCCCGACCAGCUGCUGUCUUUCAUGAAAAGCAGAGGGAUCGAACCCCGACUGGCUAUUUCCUCCUCACCGGUACCCGCGCUUCAUUAGCAUAUCUGACAACAGCAGUCAUCUGUGACUCUCCGCCCCCGACUCUGUCCCACUUCCUCCUCCUCAACCCUGUCUGCUUAUCUAUCAGCAGUUUACAUUUAUUUUUAAUUGAAGGGCUGACCCAGGUCUUGCCCUCAUCUUGUCCCAUCAAUACAGCGGGAGCACAUCAGCUGCGCUUCCAUCCCUUCUCUAUUUGCAUUCUCUUUGUUGUUGGACUGGAUCAUUAGAGCUGCGUUGUUUUUUUGCUUUUUUUUUUUAAUCUUCCCUAGACUUGAAAGAGGUUCUAUGUAUUUCUUUACCCUUGGAGUUGUUUACUCUCUACCAAUUUGGCUCCAUUCCUGCAGAAAGUACCAGGUAGAAACAUAAUGAUGAAGCCAGUCCUUUAAUGAAAGAGGAGCCUUUGAUGGCCAAUAACCUGAAACAGUGCUUUGGGGGAUUUUUUUUUUUUUUUUUUUUUGUGAGGCUUAUUGUUUGAUUGGGAGGUCAACCUUCAUUAUCAUAAAGCUGUGCCAAAUGUCUCUGAAAUGAAAGUGAUGAUAACUGUGAAAAAAGAUUCCUGGACACUGAGAAAAUCUCAGGUGGGUGUUCAUCAGAGGGUCCACAGUUUGUUUAUAUGACAAACACACACACACACACACACAGAGGACCUGUCUUUACUCAGCGUGGGCUAAAGCUCUGUGCACAUUCACCCCUCCCCAGCUAAACCCCUGCUGUGAGAGAAAUGCCAGUCUCUCCGGCUGUCCUGCAGAGAGGUGGACGAGGAAGGAUGGAAGAAAAGGAGAGUAGAGUGUACAGAGGGGCAGACAUAAGGCUGAGACUGGACGGACUAAAACGAACAACAACGGUCUCAAGUGUACCUGUACUUUCCUCAGUAAUACCACAUAUUGAUGCUACUGCUGCCAAAUAUCCAUCCGUGUGCAUGUCGAGAGAGAGAAAAAGAGAGAGAGUAAUAUAUACAUAUAUAUGUACAUAUAUGUCCCGUGCAUGUCUUUACCCUCUUUCCUCCUUCCAAGAUAUGACAGGAUACUGCCAGGCUGUGUACAAAGUGGGCAAAGUCUGCCACCUAUUGUCCAUUGCUUUGUAGAGCAGGGCGUCUGAAACAUGCAUGACAACUGUACAUUCCUAUACUCAGCUCAGUCCGUACAGACGCAUGAACUGACUGACCUUAUUACACCCCACCCUCCUCCCCCGUUCCGGGAAGUUGGUACAAAGUCUAAAAAUGCAAUAAAGUCAAAAAUCUGUAACUAGUGGUCACGAUUUCAUGACAACCAAAAGUCUACAGAACUAAAUUCUAAUUGUUCAGCUGAAGUGGAGAUUCAUAGCAGGAGCUCCUGACAAAAAAAAAGAAUGGGAUUGAAUUAUCAGAACAGCGGUUUUAUUGCAUUUUUAGGAAGCUUAACCGCCUUCCUGUACAAGUAAUAAGAAAAACAACAAUAUUUAUGUACUGUUGUGUUCUUUGGAAAAACGUGUGUCACCUCAAAAAGAUAUUUUGUUUAUAUUUGUGCAAUAGUGUUUGCUUAGAGCAGUGAUUCUCAACCUUUGGGUUAAGACCCCACAUGGGGUCCAAAGAUGACUCUGACAGGCGGUGGCCACCAAAUUUAUCAAAGAAAAACAUCUUUAUAGUUGCUAUUUUAUAUCAGGUGAACGGUGUCAGUUUUUAUGGGGUCUUGACUCAGAACGUUGACGAGCACUGACUUAGACAAGUGAUACUGCUGUUUUAUGCUACGUGUAAGCCGUCAUUUUUAUAAACUUGUACAAAGUUGUCAAGUUUGCAUGGUGUCCAAACUUGCUGUCCAUCACAAGAGAGACAUCACAGUACAUUUAUGCAUUAUUAUGCAUUUUAAGUGUAUCACUGUAAGAUCCUCCUUUUGUUGGACUUUAGAGCAGACUUACGUGUGUGUGCAGAGUCCUGUGCUGAACUUGAUGUAUUCAGAAACUGAAACUUGAAGCAUGUCCUCACUUAGAUCCAUGUAUUUUUGAUAAUCUGCAGGGAUGCAACAGGUUCUCCAGGACAAAAUUACCCAACUGUACAAUCUCGACAAGAAAAUCGUGUAGCAGAAAUAUUUCUGAGGGCAUUCUGGCCUGUUGUAUUGUUUUGGUACAAGAGCAUUUAUGUCUUUUGUCCUUGUCCGAUUGCCCUUGUCUUCACUGACUAAAUGAGGAGAUGGAAAACAAACGAACAACCUUGUGUACAUACAGUGUAUGUUAGAACACAGCGGUGUGCAUUGGUUUAGAGCAACUGCUGCUUCUCUUUGUUGUGCCCUGAGAAUGAGAAAGUACAACUCACCUCGCCUAACCUGACUACCACAGAAUACAGCCCUAAACCCUGACAGAGCCCUCCCAGUGUUAUACUGAAGUACAUUAAACAGUCAUUGAUUAUUUUAUGGAUUUCUACCACAGGCCCCUUCUGUUUGUGUUCCUCAGACUCAUCAACCUGCAGAUUAGAACUUUGGUCCCACUUAGACUUUGAAGUUAGUUUAUAAGAUGUCAAGUAGAGUGGACCUACGUCGAGUUCUGUUCUCAUGGUGCGACAUACCAUACAUUUUCAAAAAUUGUUGACAAUAAUUAAAAGUAGGCUUUUCUACUGGUUAUUAGACCAGUUAUUAGCUGAUAUUUGUCAAUCAUAAAUCUGACUUUAUUAGGGCCAAGUCUGGCAGCUCAAGACUCAUGCACACCGCUGUACCUGAAGUAAUGUGUCCAGAACAAUUUGAAUUUGCUGUAGUUAAUUAUAAAACUCUACUGAAUGUUGAUGGUUUUACCAGUGUCCAUAUGAGAUAAAUGUAGAAGUUUCAACUAUAAACCUAACUGUUUUGACAAACACUGUGUUCUCACCUGAGCUGAGUUUUCUCUCCACAGUCCACAGUGUAGUCUCCUCAGCUCCAGCUCUCAGAGUCUCCACUGAGAGUCUCAUCGGUCCCAACCAGGAACACCUGACCAUCGGCUCACCUGCAGCUGCUCCUGUGAAUCAUCAGUGCAGGCCGCAGUCACAGACUCAUGCUGUGGAAAGUUUCUGAUACAUUACACACACAUCUUUUUGGAUGACCGGGGGUAAGCUGCUUGAACAGACUUUUACACACAGAAACUUAACAGAAAAUAACUUAGCUUAUUUCUGCUGUUUUCCUAAAUGCUCAAAUUUGUAAAAAAAAAACAAAAAAAACUACUAAUGACUAAUAAAAUGAAUCAGGUAGAGUUAGAGAUUAAAUAAUAAUUGUGGCUCUC